CUCAAUAAAGAAAGAGGUAGAAAGAGAUAGGAGGAAGAGGCCACAGUCCAAAGAAGAGCUGCAUGCGUGUGCCUACCUGACCCGGUGACAGAGAAAGAAAAGAGAGAGAGAGAGAGAGAACGUGACCAAGAGAGAGUGAGGAUUCCUGAGGACUCAGCCAGUCAAAGCGUUUCCCCCUAUCGACCCAUCACACUCUUGAACCUAAACCAACAUGGCCUCCCAAGUCACUCUGGAUCUGCCCUUCAGGCCCGACGCCCAUCUGACCGAGGUGAUGCGUCAGCGGGCCCAGUCGCUGCAGCAGCGUGGCGGGAAGAGGCAGGACGGCGAGCGCCUCCUCCGACCACACGAGGCCAUCUACCGCCUGGACUUCUCCCAGCAGGCAUUGCGUUUUGCCCACUGGGGAGUGAGGCUGGUACGCUCAGGCCGCCUCACCGUGACUGCCACCUCACAGCUCUGGACGCCCGACCUCACCCACCUGAUGAACCGCCAACUGCUGGAGCCGGCGGGGGUGUUUUGGCGAGCUGAGAGCGACGGCGAUGACACACCCGUGCACCAGUAUGAGGCAGACGCCCAGGAGUUUGGUGAGCGGAUCGCCGAGAUGGCGAAGGUACGGAAGACAAUGUACUUCCUGCUGGCAUUUGAGGAGGGUGUUGGUCCGGACGCUGUUGAAUGCUCCAUCAGCUUCCAGGUGGACCAGAAGUGAAGACUGUAGGAGGAAAUGGCAGACGGAGGGCAAGGUACUAGGCGGACAUUUUGUUUUAUUUAAUUUGACUUUCCUUUGGCCUUAUGAGCAAGUAUGUUUGCCAUUUCUCUUUUUGUUGCCUUUCUUCAUGUUUUUC